AGCACACACACCUAAUUGAAUUGAAAAAAAAGGUCCCUAAAUUUAUUCUGAUGGCCGGCCGAGACGAAAUGAAGCUAUUAGGAGCAUGUUUCAGUCCAUUUGCGCACAGAGUUGAAGUGACAUUGAAAUUGAAGGGCAUUUCAUAUGAAGUUAUUGAGCAAGAUUUACAGAAUAAAAGCCAUUCACUCCUUCAAUUUAACUCGGUUUACAAGAGAAUCCCUGUUCUUAUUCAUAAUGGAAAACCCAUAUCUGAAUCAGUGGUCAUCAUCGAGUAUCUUGAUGAUAUCUGCAAACAAAAUCCUUUGUUCUCUCCAGAUCCUUAUCAGAAGGCCAUGGCACGUUUCUGGGCUAAGUUUGCGGAAGAAAAGUUCACAGAGGUUGUAAGGAAGAUCAUAGUUACAGAAGGUGAAGAACAAGAAAAACAAGUGAAGCUAGCAAUUGAAGCAUUAGAAAUUCUUGAAGCAGAGCUCAAUGGAAAUAAAUAUUUUGGAGGUGAAAUUUUUGGAUUUGUUGACAUUGUGCUGUGCUGGAUCAGUAGAUGGGUAGGAGUGAUAGAGAAAACUGCUGACGUGGCAAUACUUGAUCUUGAAAAAUUUCCAAAUUUAGAGGCCUGGAUUCAGAAUGUUCUUCAUUUGCCUAUUGUUAAAGAGACGAUGCCUCCACAUGACAAGUUAAUUCAAUACUUUGCUAAAAUACGCCAAUUUGCUUUGGCAUCGGCUGCUGCAAAUUGAGUGUUUUAAUUAUGUAUAAGUUAUUUUUUUUUCAAAGAUAGA